GGUAGGUUAUUCAAUCUGCGCGCCAAAGCCGCCUUGCGAGCCGCGAACAUCACACAUAUCCUCUCGGUGUUGAAACUGCCGCUGGAUGAGAAACUCUUCGAGGGAUAUGCGCAUCUUGUUGUGGAAGUGGAUGAUGUAGACGAUGAGAAUUUGUUGGAGCACUUUCCUGCGACGAAUGAGUUUAUUCGGGAGGGUUUGGAGGGUGGUGGUGGGGUUUUGGUGCAUUGCGCCAUGGGAAAAUCCCGCUCCGCCACCUGCGCCAUCGCCUACCUCAUGCACACCCUCCACCUCAGCCCCUCCUCAGCCCUCUCCAGCAUCCGGGAAUCCCGCCCCCUCUGCGAACCCAACGAAGGUUUCUGGCGUCAACUCGAAGUCUACCACUCCAUGGGCGCGCCCGCGAGCGUGGAAGACGUCCCCGCGUAUCAACGAUGGGUGUAUCUGCAAGAAGUCGCGUUGAGUCGGGCGUGUGGGCAGGCUCCGGAGGCGGAUAAGAUUCGGUUUGAGGAUGAACAUGAGCAAGGGGGUGGGAAGGCGGAGGUGGAGAUGAGGUGUCGGAAGUGCAGACGCACCCUCGCCACAUCCCAAUACCUAACCCCCCACACCCCCCGCCCUCCUGCUUCCCCUUCCACCCCCAUCUUCUCCCUCGCACCCUCCACCUCCCAGUCUUCCUGCCAACACCACUUCCUCGACCCCCUCUCCUGGAUGCGCCCAACCCUCGAAGCCGGCCUGCUCGAAGGCCGCCUGGAAUGCCCCAACGCGAAAUGCAAAGCCAAUGUGGGCAAGUACGCCUGGCAGGGGAUGCGGUGUAGUUGUGGGGAGUGGGUGGUUCCGGCGAUUAGUCUGGCGAAGGGAAAGAUUGAUGAGGUCAAGUCGCGGACGGCGGAGGGAGGGAAUUUUGGGAUUCGCCAGCCGCCGGGGAAAUCUCAGGGGAAUUUGUGA